UUGGCUAAUCCUGCUUAUCACCACCCAAUUCUUGUCUUGCACCUGUCUUAAUCUGCACUAGUGUGAUACAUACACAUACAUCAACAAGCUAAGAUUAAGAUGGUACUGUUGAACACAGAAGAAGUUUGUUGCAACGAUCAUCAGGUGGAUGUUGUUGCAGCAGCUUGUGACAUGCUGGGAGAGAAGCAGCUUGUGAGGCAGGUGAUAUUGGAAGGGUUGGAGAUUGAGGAGCCUCCAGUGGACGAGACAGAGGUUGCUGAGAAGAAGGCAGGGAUAGCCAGGUUAAUGGCAGGCUAUGUUCAGCACCUCCAACAUAGGUCUGCCUUCCAUCUCGGUUAUCCACUGAACUUGGACUACGACUUCAGCCCUCUUGCACCUUUUCUGAACUUUUCCCUGAAUAAUGCCGGUGACCCGUUUUGUAAGGUGAACAGCAGUGUUCACUCGAGACAAUUUGAGGUAGCAGUAUUGCAUUGGUUUGCUGAUUUCUGGGAGGUGCAAAGAGAUGAGUACUGGGGGUACAUCACCAGCGGUGGAACGGAAGGCAACUUAUAUGGCCUACUGCUUGGGAGAGAGCUUUUUCCUGAUGGGAUCUUGUAUGCUUCAUAUGAUUCACAUUACUCUGUCUUUAAGGCGGCUAAAAUGUAUAGAGUUAAGUGCAUCAGGAUUGCAACCACAGUUUCUGGAGAGAUGAAUUAUGCAGACUUAAAAUCCAGGCUACUACAGAACACCAACAGCCCAGCAAUUAUAAAUGCCAAUAUUGGUACUACGUUCAAAGGUGCCGUAGAUGAUAUUGACCAGAUAAUAAGCACACUUGAAAAAUGUGGAUUUCAAAAUCGUUACUACAUCCAUUGUGAUGGCGCUCUCUCCGGCAUGAUGACACCCUUUAUGAAACAAGCCCCAAAGGUGUCAUUCAAAAAAACAAUUGGCUCCAUCAGUGUGUCUGGACACAAAUUCAUGGGUUGUCCUAUGCCUUGUGGUGUUGUCAUCACUAGGUUGGAACAUGCUAAAGUUCUAUCAACAGAUGUUGAGUACAUAGCUUCUAGGGACUCAACUAUCACUGGAAGCCGAAAUGGUCAUGCUCCAAUCUUCCUCUGGUACACAUUAAACAAAAAAGGGUACAAAGGAAUUUUGAAAGAAGUACAAAUGUGUUUGGGAAAUGCACGAUAUCUCGAGGUAUUACUGAAGCAAGUUGGUAUAAGUGCAUCUUGUGCUACAACAAGUAACAUUGUGGUGUUCGAAAGGCCAAAGGAUGAAAAAUUUGUGUGUAGGUGGCAACUUGCUUGUGAGGGAAAUUUAGCACAUAUUGUCGUGAUGCCAAAUGUCACUUUUGAAAAGAUCAUAGUUUUUGUUGAAGAGUUUGCUAAGAAGAGAAGAGAUUGGUAUCAAGACAAGGGAUUUAACAUUCCAUGCCUUGCGGUCGACAUUGGCAAGGAAAAUUGUUAUUGCAACCUGCAUGCGAAAAAGUUAAGAAUUCAUAAAAUGUGAGGUCAAAGUGUGGCAAGUAUAUGGGUUGUUGCAUAUUCAUUGUAACAUUAUUGUUUUUUUUCUAAAGUGUAACCUUAUGAUAAAUAUUACAAAUGUAGCUCGUUUUCCAUUUUCUCUAAGCAUUAAGAAAAAUAAUUUCUU